AUGAGGCUGGCCAAGAGAAGACCAAGAAACCUCUUCUGGACAAGAGAGGUGGUGAACCACUUCUGGUAUUGCUCAGCUUCUGCCAACACAGUUGAAGAGUUCAUUGGCAUAUGGUGUGGAGUUAUACAUCACGUAAUUGGAGAGCACGAGUGGAUUCUACCUUACAGGAUUGGAGGGAAAAGCUGUUGUGAGCACGGUCCUUUGACUGAGGAGGGAGACAAGGACUACCUAGUGGCAGGCUCUCCCGCACAUGUGGCACUGCGAGAAAUUGUGUUGGACAAGCACCUUCUAAAGAAAAUACCAUAUUUUCUGCAUUGCAGAAGCACUGCUGCGUUAGAGUCAUUUCAAAAUCUUAUUUUGAGAUACUCGCCAAAAAGACUAUCCUACACACCACAUGUGUACACGGCCAGAACGCUACUAGCAGCAUUGGACCAUAAUGCCAACUGUGAUAGGCCAGCUGCAGUGAAAAAGGAUGGCUCUCUCAGACAGCAGAGAUAUUAUAGUAAGAAGAGUGGGCACUGGUCAGUUUGUCAUGUAAAGGAGGAGAAGACAUAUCCAUAUGUCAGUGACAUCAUUUCGUCCUGUAUUGAAAAGCGCCUGGUAGAUCCCAUUGGAAUGAACAGGCCAGUCGUACUAGAUGCUGACGAUCCCAGGCGCAUUUCCAAGACACUGGCUUCUGUUGAACCCCCUCCAACAGCGCAGCUUGUGGAAGAAAAGAAAUCAAGAUUUCCCUUGGAAAAGGACAUUAAGCCCAAGGACUAAAAAAUUAAUUUAAAUACAUACUAAGAACACAAUGCACUGGUUUUGUGUUUUUUAUUAAAACCCAAGAACACCUUCAAUGUAACCAAUGUAAUGCCCUGAUG